AUGGCCGAAGGACUCGCUGAAGCAGGUGCGAAUAUUGCAAUCUUCGACAUGAUUCAGCCCGACCCAGCAUUCAAAGAACUGGCAACAAGAUACAGUGUGAAAACGGCAUUUUAUAAAGUCGAUGUGACAUCCCCGGAGGACCUGAAAAGAGGCUUUGCAGAGUUCCAGCAGCAGUUUGACGGAGCCCUCGAUAUUUGCAUCCCUUGCGCCGGGGUGAAUAAGAAUGUCAAGCUUCUUGAAACAACACCGGAGGAUUUCGACAGGCUUGUGAAUGCCAACAUCAAGGGCGCUUACUUUACCAUGCAACAUGCCGCCAAGAUGAUGGUCGAAAACAAGACUAGAUGUGGCUCUAUCAUUUUGGUCGCGUCCAUCGCGGCUUCCAGGGCUGUCCGCGGUCAAUACUCUUCAGCAUACUGUGCGACCAAAGGAGCCGUUCGGGCGAUGUGUGCGCCGUCAGCUGUCGAGCUUGCUGAGUAUGGCAUCCGCGUCAACACUAUCUCACCGGGGUAUAUCAAGACAGAGAUGACAGCGCCGUUCCCUCAUCUACUCGAGAGCUGGAAAUCGGAAGUCAUGAAUUACCGGAUCGGCAUGCCGGAUGACAUUCGUGGAGCUUGCAUAUUCUUAGCAAGUGACGCGAGCAGCUACAUGACCGGUAACGAUAUUGCAGUAGACGGCGGUGUUUUGAACUGGUGA